AUGCGGCUCUACGCCAUAUCCGACAUCCACCUGAGCUACAAACACAACAGAGAGGCGUUAGAUGACCUCAAACCUCAUCCUGAUGACAGCUUGAUCAUAUGUGGCGACGUCGGUGAACGUCUUGAGCAUUUACAGGAAGCCUUCGAGGUCACCACGAAACUCUUCAAACAAGUGUUUUGGGUGCCUGGGAACCAUGAACUGUAUACAUUGCCAGGGAUCACGACGGAGGAUGACCUGGACAAAGAGCUUCGAGGAGAGUUCAAAUACCAGGAGUGCCUAAGAGUUGCGAACGAGUAUGGCGUCAUUACUCCGGAGGACGAGUAUGUCAAGUGGGAGGGAGAGGGCGGGCCUUGUAUCAUCUGCCCAAUCUUCACCCUAUAUGACUACAGCUUCAGACCAGCCGAUGUGACCAGGGAACAGGCUGUUGAUUGGGCCAUGGAAGAAAACGUCUAUGCAACUGACGAAGCAUUGCUACAUUCCGACCCGUACGAAACGCGAGACGCCUGGUGUGAGCAACUUGUGAAAAAGACUGAAGAGCGAUUAGAAGCCGCAGCUGCGAGGGGCUUUCCACUCGUCAUCAUCAAUCACUGGCCUCUUCGGCAAGAUCUGAUUACCAUUCCGAGUAUACCAAGAUUCAGUAUUUGGUGUGGUACGAAGCAAACCGACGAUUGGCAUACGCGCUUCAACGCUAAAGUCGUGGUUACGGGGCAUCUGCAUGUGCGGAGGACCGAUUGGAUUGACGGGGUGAGGUUUGAAGAGGUGAGCAUGGGGUAUCCCCGACAAUGGCAGGCGGCGAAGGACAGAGGUCUGACGAUGAACGAUUUGUUGAGGGAGAUUCUACCUGGCAUGGAGAAUCCAGGCAAUGGUCGCACUAUCUGGAGACGAGCAGGGGUGCCAUCUGAGUCCACCCCAUCUGCAAGCGAGUCUACUUGA